AUGGCAUGGGAGAAUCAGACCUUCAACUCUGACUUCCUCCUCCUGGGAAUCUUCAAUCAUAGCCCCACCCACACCUUCCUCUUCUUUCUGGUCCUGGCCAUCUUUUCAGUGGCCUUCAUGGGAAACUCCAUCAUGGUUCUCCUCAUCUACCUGGAUACCCAGCUCCACACCCCCAUGUACUUCCUCCUCAGCCAACUGUCCCUCAUGGACCUCAUGCUCAUCUGCACCACCGUACCCAAGAUGGCCUUCAACUACUUGUCUGGCAGCAAGUCCAUUUCUAUGGCUGGCUGUGCCACACAAAUUUUCUUCUAUAUAUCAUUGCUUGGCUCCGAAUGCUUUCUGUUGGCUGUUAUGUCUUAUGACCGCUACACUGCCAUUUGCCACCCUCUAAGAUACACCAAUCUCAUGAGACCCAAAAUUUGUGGACUUAUGACUGCCUUCUCCUGGAUCCUGGGCUCUACAGAUGGAAUCAUUGAUGCUGUAGCGACAUUUUCCUUCUCCUACUGUGGGUCUCGGGAAAUAGCCCACUUCUUCUGUGACUUCCCUUCCCUACUAAUCCUCUCAUGCAAUGACACAUCAAUAUUUGAAGAGGUUAUUUUCAUCUGCUGUAUAGUAAUGCUUGUUUUCCCUGUUGCAAUCAUCAUCACUUCCUAUGCUCGAGUUAUUCUGGCUGUCAUUCACAUGGGAUCUGCAGAGGGUCGUCGCAAAGCUUUUACUACUUGUUCCUCGCACCUCAUGGUGGUGGGAAUGUACUAUGGAGCAGGUUUGUUCAUGUACAUUCAGCCCACAUCUCAUCAUUCUCCUAUGCAGGACAAGAUGGUGUCUGUAUUCUACACCAUCCUCACUCCCAUGCUGAAUCCUCUCAUUUAUAGCCUCCGCAACAAGGAAGUGACCAGAGCAUUAAUGAAAAUCUUAGGAAAGGGCAAGUCUGGAGAUUGA